AUGGAGGAUAAAAAUUUUUUCUGUUUGAAUGGUCGUUCGCAGAGUGAUGUUCCGGGUAAAAUAACCUUCUUUGCCUCUACAGGGCAAAGUACGGUGGAUUAUGUCUGGGUUAAUGACUGCUGUCUUACUCUGGUUGAGGAUUUCAUGGUAGAUAUUAUCUCUACGCGCUCAGACCAUUUUCCUGUAUCAGCUCUACUUGCGACUUCUUCGAUAGGAUCCUCUGUGCUAGCUUCCGAGGCUCCAGUGGUAUACCGGGUUGCCUGGGAUUAUGGGAGGAGAGUGCAGUUCACUGAGUCCUUGAUGUUGUCCGAUAACAUUAAAUUUGAUUUCGGCGUUCUGUCCAUUGAUCAGCAGUCUGACAACUUCAAGCUAGCUAUUAUUGAUACUGCCACAAAAGUGCAUAUGAUUAAGAAAUCAGGUGGGCCUCCGGCCUCUUCUUCUCAUCCUCCCAAUAAACCCUGGUAUGAUGCUGACUGCAUUGAGUUGAAACGAGAGUUAGACAGCAGUUUACAUAAUUUUAAACAAGUUGGCUUUUUGAGGGAGUUCGGGGCUAACUAUCUGAAUUUGAAGAAAAAGUACGCCAAUUUGAUUAAGCUUAAAAAGAAACUGUACGCCGAGGAACUCCUGAAUUGUCUUGCCAAUGUGCAAUCUUCUAAAGACUUCUGGCUAACUAUAAAAAAAUUCAGACCAUUCACUACCUCAGCUUCUCAAAUUUCGUUGGAUGAUUGGUACAGUUUUUACCUGCAGAUUACUCCUUCUAAAGUACCUUCCAAUAUCUCUUUUCCAUCUUUCACCGAUCCUCUUUUAGACUCUCAAGUCAGCCACAAUGAACUUUUAUGUAACAUUUUGAAACUCAAAAAUGGAAAAGCUGCUGGUCCUGAUGAAAUUUCGAAUGAGUUUUUCAAGCAUCUUCCACCCAACUGGAUAUUAUAUCUUGAGACCCAUUUUAAUAAGAUACUUGAAGCUGAAAGGGUUCCGAACUCUUGGGGUUCAGCGGCCUUGACCAUGAUAUUUAAAAAAGGUGACAAACUUGAUCCUCUCAAUUACAGAGGGAUUGCCUUAUGCAACUGCCUUACGAAACUCUUUACGCAGAUCCUCAGGGAUAGAAUUCAACAGUGGGCAGAUAGAGAAAAAAUUCUAGACGAAAGCCAAGCUGGCUUCAGGCCGGGAAGGGGUUGUUUGGACCAGGUUUUUGUAUUAUUUGAUGCUAUUCGACUGCAGCUUAGACUCGGCUCCAGGAAGGUAUUCAGUGUGUUUGUCGACUUUAGACGCGCAUUUGACUCGGUCCCACAUGAUAAACUUUGGUCCAAGCUGCUCAAUCUCCAUCUGUCUCCAAAGAUAGUCAAGAUCCUGAAGUCUCUAUAUGACGGGGCAAACAUUAGAGUUAAAGCUGGGGGUUUAUUAUCAGGGGAGGUGCCAGUCACUGCUGGUGUCCUCCAGGGUGAAUCUUUGAGUCCAUUGCUCUUUAUAUUGUUUAUCACUGACCUUGAAAAAUAUCUGAGGAAUUGUGGCUUUCAUGGAGUGAAUAUUAAUGGGAGAGAUGACGUUCUACUCUUGCUCUAUGCAGAUGAUUUGGUCAUCUUGACUGAUAGUGAGUGCAAAUUACAGAGGAUCCUUGAUGCGCUGCAUAGGUACUGCCUUGGUAAUGGUUUAACUGGUAAUUCAGAUAAAACUAAAGUUAUGGUGUUUAGAGAGAGUGGAAGUCUGAGCCCCUCCCCAAAAUUCUUGUAUAAUAACAGGCUCCUAGAAAUUGUACCGUUGUAG